AUGAAACCCUUUCUUCAAUAUUUCCCAUUAUUACAUAUAUCACGCAGAUGGGCAUCACAUACCUCCAAAUCUAUUCAUAUGAAGAGUUGGAAGCAAUCCUUUUAUAAGAAUAAGAAAAAAACAUUGUUUGGAGCAAGUUUAGCUUCUGGAGCGCUCUUAUAUGAUAGUGAUGGUUCUGUGCAUAAUUUUGUUGAUCAUAUUUAUUCCACUAGUGAACGUGUUGGGGUAGUAACCCAGGCUACAGCAAAAUGUUUUUAUUAUUAUAAGAAGACAUUAGAUGAAACUUACCCUAAUGAAGAAGCCAGAAAAAAAGCUCUAUCAGAAUGUCACAGUCAAUGUGCUAUGAUCACGUUACAUGCGUUAAGUACUAAUGGUGGAAUUUUUAUUAAAUUUGGACAGCAUAUUGGUGCAAUGACAUAUUUAUUGCCAAUAGAGUGGACAGAAACGAUGAUCCCUUUACAGGAUCAAUGCCCUGAAUCAUCUAAGGAGUCAAUCAAUGAGAUGUUUGUUAGCGAUACGGGUAAAUCUAUCGAUGAAAUGUUUAGUGAAUUUAACGAAGUACCGAUUGGUGUAGCUUCUUUAGCGCAAGUUUAUAUUGCUACUUUAAGAUCAACGGGUCAAAAAGUUGCUGUUAAAUGUCAACAUCCAGAAUUAAAGGAAUUUAUUCCCGUGGAUGUAAUUUUAACAAAGACUGUAUUUGCAUUAAUGGAUAAAGUGUUUCCAGAAUAUCCAUUAAUGUGGCUUGGAGAUGAAUUACAAUCAUCAAUAUAUACAGAAUUAGAUUUUACUAAAGAAGCAGAAAAUGCAAUUAAUACACAAAAUUAUUUUAAAAAUUUUACAAAGAUAACAGCAUUAAAGGUUCCGGACGUUAUUGAAGCACAUCAUAGAAUCUUAAUUAUGGAAUAUGUUGAAGGUAAAAGACUUGAUAAUACAGAAUUUAUUGAUAAUAAUCACAUAUCAAGAGCAGAUGUAUCAUCAUGUCUAUCGCAUAUUUUUAGUAAUAUGAUUUUCACACCAAAUGUUGGAUUACAUUGUGAUCCCCAUGGAGGUAAUUUAGCCAUUAGACCAAUAAAACCAACAAAGACAAAUCCACAUAAUUUUGAAAUUAUAUUAUUUGAUCAUGGAUUAUAUAGAUUUCCAAAGACACAAAUGAGAAGAGAUUAUGCAAGAUUUUGGUUAGCAUUAUUAGAUCAAGAUCAAGAAAAGAUGAAAAUUUAUGCAAAAAGAUUUGCAAAUAUUACAGAUGAACAAUUUCCAUUAUUUGCCGCUGCAAUAACCGGGCGUAGUAUAGAUGUAGCUCUACAUUAUGAUAUUAGUACAAGAAGAAGUAAAGAAGAGAUUAAUUCAAUGACAUCACGUUUUAUAGAUGGAGAAUUUUUACCUGAUUUAAUGAGUAUUCUAUCCCGAAUUCCAAGAAUUGUUUUAUUAAUUCUGAAGACUAAUGAUCUUACAAGAUAUUUAGAUGAAUGUUUAAAUAGUCCACUUGGACCUGAACGUACCUUUUUAAUUAUGACACAAUAUUGUGCCAAUACAGUCUAUGGAGAAGAUUGCGAACGAAAUGAUAAAAAAAAUGGUAGAUGGACCUUAAGAUGGACAAUUAAUUAUAUUAUUAAUUGGCUUUGUUACGAAAGACGUCGUAAUCAAUUAUUCAUUUACGAUACUAUUUUAUGGUAUCGCCAAUUGACCACACAAAUGUGGAAUUACUUCUAA